ACCCUGGGAGCAGCGUGGUAGGCACAACAAGCUCGGCGGUCGGUCCGCUCACUCCUGCGCUGCUCCCACUGCAGUUCCUCCCUUGGCACAGAGGACCACGCCGACCGGCCCGGCUCGACGAGGACGGAGACAUGAGCUAGUCCUCCGCCGCUCGCAUCGCACUGACGUGAGCGUGUGACGGCCCCACUUCACGGACACGCAAACAAACACGCACGCACACACACGCACACACACACACACACACACACACAUAUACACACACACACACACACCCAAACAAACACAUACAGAGGACCCGCAACGGUCUGCUGUCUACAAGUCCCCCAGCUCGGAGUCGGACAGUCCCGCCCGCAGCCCGGACCAUGGCGGAGAGAAGUGGCCGGUUGAGUUUCCCCGGGAGCGGGGCUCUCAACAGACCGGUGCCCAUGAACCUGUUCGCGACAUGGGAGAUAGACGGAUCCUCCCCGAACUGCAUCCCGAGAUUGUGCAGUCUGACUCUGAAGAAGCUGGUUGUGAUGAGAGAACUUGAUAAAGAGCUGAUUUCUGUGGUCAUAGCGGUUAAAAUCCAGGGCUCCAAAAGGAUUUUGAGGUCCCAUGAGAUAGUGCUGCCACCCAGUGGGUCUGUGGAGACUGAUCUGGCUCUCACCUUCUCUCUGCAGUACCCGCACUUCUUAAAACGAGAAGGAAACAAGCUGCAGAUCAUGCUCCAACGGCGAAAGAGAUACAAGAACCGCACUAUCUUGGGCUACAAGACUCUCGCAGUGGGAUCUAUUGACAUGGCAGAGGUGAUGCAGCACCCGACAGAGGGAGGCCAGGUCCUCCCUCUCUGCAGCAACCAGAAAGACAUGCUGGGCAAGGUGGCAGAGAUCUGGAUCUUUUCCCUGUCCAGUCAGCCGAUAGACCAUGAAGAGGCAGCCCUGCAGGGAGGACAAAAGAUCAAAUGCUCCGAUAACUACUCAGAGGAAGAGUACGAGAGCUUCUCCUCAGAGCAGGAGGCCAGCGAUGACGCCGUGCAGGGACAGGAUCUUGAGGAUGACGAGUACGAUGUGAGAAAGCCAAAGAAGCAGAGGAGGUCGAUAGUAAGGACCCCCUCCAUCACCAGACAGCAGAACUUCAAGCAGCGAGUGGUGGCUCUUCUGAAGCGGUUCAGAGUUUCGGAUGAGGUGCUGGACUCGGAGCAGGACCCUGCAGAGCCGCCUCCGGAGGUGGAGGAGGAGGACCUGGACCUGGACAGUGUGGAGUUUGAGAACCCCAGUGACAGCGGCCCAGAGCUGGAUGACGAUGACAGCGUCCUCAGUACGCCAAAACCCAAACUCAAGCCAUAUUUCGAGGGACUCUCCCUCUCCAGCUCUCAAACUGAGAUCGGAAGCAUCCACAGCAGCCGGAGCCACAGGGAGCCUCCCAGCCCGAUUGACCCAGAUAAUACCAAGUGUGGCGGAGCCAAGUUUCCAGAUGAUAUGGUGUCUGAUAAUGUCUCCUUUGAGCAGCCGGAGGCGGUGACUCCGACCACCGAGCUGGAGAUGGACAACAUGGACACGUUUUUAGAGAGACUGCCACCAAGUGGCAAAAUGACCAAGACAGAGUCCCUCAUCAUUUCAUCCAACAGGCAGGAACCGAAGUUGGCAGGCCGGCGAGGCAGGAGCACGUCGCUGAAGGAGCGCCAGCCCAGCAGGCCGCAGAACGAGAGGGCCAACAGCCUGGACAACGAACGGUCCCUGGACACACGAUGCCACCUGCAGAUCCCAAGAAAGACAGUAUAUGACCAACUAAACCACAUCCUGGUGUCUGAUAACCACCUCCCUGACAGCAUCAUCCUCAUCAACACCUCAGACUGGCAGGGCCAGUAUCUGUCAGAUAGGCUUCAAAACCACCAUCUACCGGUGGUGUGCACCUGCACCACGGCAGAUAUCCAAGCUGCGUUCAACACCAUCGUCUCCCGCAUACAGCGGUUUUGUAACUGUAACUCCCAGACGCCAAUCCCCAUAAAGAUAGCCGUGGCUGGGGCGCAGCACUACCUCAGUGCCGUUCUGAGGCUUUUUGUGGACCACCUUUCCCAUAAGACCCCUGACUGGCUCGGAUACAUGAGGUUCCUCAUCAUCCCUCUAGGUGCUCACCCAGUCUCCAAAUAUCUCGGCACUAUUGACUAUCGAUACAACAGUUUGUUCCAAGAUGCUGCUUGGAGAGACCUGUUUCACAAGCCAGAAGCUCCUGUUGUUGCCCAGGAGAACCCGGAUGUGGUAUCGAGGGUAACUCAGUACAUGGUGGGGGCAAACGGAGCUCACCAGCUCCCCAUCGCAGAGGCCAUGCUCACCUACAAACAGAAGAGGAAAAAGAGCUUUCAUUUUGAUUUUGCAGUAAGCCCCGAUGAGGACUCGUGUCAGAAAUUCAUCCCUUUCAUUGGGAUGGUGAAGGUUGGCAUCGUGGAGCAGACGUCGGCAACGUCAGGGGACUCUGAUGAUGCAGCCCCUCUGGGAUCCUCGCUGCUCUCCUCCACCCCUCCACAAAUAUCACCUGCACUCAAAGAGGCGUCGCCCACCCCGCCCUCCUCUCCCUCCGUCAAUACCAGCUUCUGUGCUUACAGUUCUGGCGGUCAGGUGGAGCUGAUGGGCCUUCAGGUGGACUACUGGUCGGCUCCGACAGAGAAGAAGAAGGACGUGGAGAAGCGGGACUCCUCCUCCAAAAACACUCUGAAGUGCAAUUUCCGCUCGCUGCAGGUCAGCCGGCUGCCACUGGGAGGUGCUGAGCCAAGCCCCCAGCCCACCAUGUCCAUGACAGUGGUGACCAAGGAGAAGAAUAAGAAGGUCAUGUUCCUGCCAAAAAAGAGCAAGGACAAGGAGGUGGAGUCGAAGAGUCAAGUGAUCGAGGGCAUCAGUCGGCUCAUCUGCACUGCCAAGCACCAGCAGACCAUGCUGAGAGUGCUGAUUGACGGCGUCGAGUGGAACGAUGUCAAGUUUUUCCAGCUGGCGGCACAGUGGUCCUCACACGUUAAACAUUUCCCCAUCGGGAUCUUUGGACACACAAAAGGCCCGUACUAGCAGCACCUAAGAGACUGAAACACUGAGGAGAGGACAGCUCCCCCUUCCUUUCCCUCUCCCUCGUGCCAACGGUUUUUAACCCCCUCCACCCCACUUUCCAGCUGCACACGUCUUCUAUUCUGCUGUCUUAAUUUAAGCUCCUGCUUUCCACUGUUGCAUUUGUCCGAUUAUUUAAUCUUUUGCGUGUUUUUUUUAAUUUUCUAUUUAUGUAAAAACGUCUCAAGGCAAGGCUGCCAAGGGAAUAUUUCUUUACUCUGCUUUUUAAAAGAAAAAUCCUGCUGAUGUUUUAUAGACUUUUGAGAAAAAAAGCCUAAUUAAAUAAUAAUUAGAAAGGAUUUCUAACCUUUGACAUACUGUAAGAGUGCCCAGGUUUCACCCUCUGCCAUCAUAUUUUUUUUAUUUGGAGAGGUUGGUUUCAAGCACUUGGCCAGCACAAUUAAUCAAGAAUAUAUAAAAAAAACAAAACAACAAAAAAAACAAAAAAAAAACAAGAGCAGCUGCCUUGUAAUGAAGUGGAAGAGGUGAUGGCUAUCUUAUUUUCUAACUAUGAUGAAGAAAUUUUGGAUUCUCAACUUCAGAGACUGUUGUCGAUUCAUCGUCUGAACCCUGAAGAAGAAAAAAGAAACGGCCCGUGGCCUUUGGCCCCCUGCACUAAUUGAAGAAGUCUAAUGUGCAAUAGACUGAAUACUGUGUGAAUGUGAUUCAGAAUAAUAACCUGGCACUGUAAGAAGAUUACGCACUGCUCUUAGUUGUGAAUUUCACUCUAGGUAAUCCCCUCUCUUUUUUGCUUUCUCGUCCUGGUACACUGGCUUGAGAUUUGAAGAGUUUUGCUCCAAAAUUAGACCAAAAAAACUGAGGAAAGAAAGUCAAAAACACCUCCUUUUUAGAAAAAGAUUAAUAGCACAAAAUAAACUCCUUUUUGGAUGGUAAUAAAAACAUAAAGGAACAUAUUGAUGCUUUGGGAAAUUUGCUUAUUUGCUUUCUUGCCAAGAGUUUGAUGAGAAGAUCGAUAAACUCUCAUCUGUACAGUAAAUAAGAAGCCACAGCUAGCAGCUAGUUAUCUUAGUUUAGCAUAGCAGGGGGAAACAGCUAGCGCGGAUCUGUCUAAAGGCAGCAAAAAAUGCCUACUAGCUCCAUCAACGCCCGCUAAAUAAAAUGUUAUAUCUUAUUUGUUUAAUUUGUACAGAAACUGAAGGGCUAAAAUGACAAGUUGGGCUUCUAUGGGACUUUUGAGGAAACCGUCUGGGCACAUUACCCCUUGAAAAACCACAACAUGUCAUGUUUUACACUCAAGUUUUUGUACAAAUUACACAAAAGAGAUUUUUUUUUUUUUUUUAACCUUCAGGCAGCGCUAUGCUAGCAGUUUCCACCGUUUCCAUUCUUCAUACUAAGCUAAGCUAACUGGCUGCUGGCAACCAGCUAGCCUGGCACUGAUCAAAAGUAACAAAACCCACCUACCAGCAUCUCUAAAGCUCACAAAUUAACAACUUAUAUAUCUUUUCUAUUUAAUUAGUACAAAACUGAGCCAGGCUAGCUGUUUCAAUUCUUUUUGCUAGGCUAGGCUAACGGUUUAGAGCUAUGGGAAUGGUAUUGGUCUUCUCAUCUAACUCUCAGCAAGAAAUUAAAUAAAAGCUGUUCCUUCAAGCUCGAUUUGUAUAAUGAUACAAAUUUUACAGAGUUGUUCCUCUGUAUUAGGCAGUUUUUCCCCCCCAAUAUGUAUAUUUUAGAAAAACUCUUCUUCCUCAAGGCCCACAGUCCUCCACCACACUCCGAAUCUUUUGCUAAAAGCAAAUGUUACUUUUGCCAAAGGAAAUACUCAUCAACUGCAGCUCACUCAUUACCUGUGUGGUAUUAUAGAUGACUUCAUAACGUAGAGGUGAAUGUAUUGAAGGUACCUUAAUGUAAAGCACUUUUAAAUGUUCGUCCAUUAUAGAUUUUAGUGUGUUAAACCUGGCCCCGGGAACCUGCAGGUCUGCCUGGCUCUGGUUCACAGAGGCACAUAGAGACACUGUAUUCGUCAUUAUACCAGAGGUCAACAACAGCACAAGCAGUGGUGACAUGGCAUGUAGUCGAUAUGCAAAGUAAACCAAGCAUCUCUAUCUUCUCAGUGCUGUUUAAUAUCACUUUAUGCUCAGUGUGAACGCUCGUUGGACUAUGUUAGAUUUUAGUUUAAUGUUCUGUAAGGUUAACCUAGAACGUGUAUGCUAUGUGAUGUUAACAAUUUCUAAAAAAUGUUCUGUCAGUAGAUUUUGCCCAAUCUUCAUUUGACUUUUAAGCAUACAACUAAAAAGUGUUUUGCUUAUAAAAUUUAUUUCAGCAGCAGUUUCAUUAUAGCCUUUGCCAAUUUCUUGAUAAGUGCCUAAAUUGCUUAAUUUUGACAGAUCAAUAUAAAUAAAUAUCCCUGGCUAACAUGGUGCUGAGUCUGGUCCGAAAACAAUAAAAAUAUCUCAACACAGUGCACUGAUUUUGCAGUCAAGCCUGUUAAUUUGGAGGGAGGGGAAAAACGCACUCUGGCCAGUUGACUCUCAAACAUGGGUUUGGAAUGAAUAAAAACUAUACUACAGUUUGUUCAUGUUGAGCAUACAUUUGAUUCUCUAUGUAAAAGAUGUUUUAGAUUAUUUUUUUUUGUUUUUUUUUUUUUUUUUGUUUUUCAUUUUGUCUCAGAGAAAGGCUUGUUGAAACUGAAAGUUCCCCUAAAGACUACCACUGUAAUCCCAAAAACUGGGAGUAAUAAAACUACUA